AUGGAGAAGAGGAAAGGACCACCGCCCGCUGGCGCCUCGCAGCGAGGCGGGCCGGUCGUCAGCCCCACGCGCGGGCGCCCGGGUCCGCCCGCGGGGCCGUCCCGCGGCCCUCCGCGGCAGCGCUCGGGCCCCGCGGCCGCCCCGAGCGUCGCGCCGCGCCGGGUCGCCCUUCCAAGCAGCGUCGCGGACAGCGCCUCCGCGGCCAGCCCGCAGCGCGCGCGGUUCGCGCCGGAGCCGUCGCCUGCGCGUGCGGCGGGCAGCGUGGACCCGUCUCCGCGGCGCAGCGCGACCCUGCGGGGCCUGGCGCGGCUGCCGACGAUGCACGAGCAGGUCGGGGAGGUGUCGCGCCCACUCCCCCCGCACAUGGCCGGCGCGCGCGCCGCAGCGCCCGCGGGCGAGGAGGCACUCCCGGAUCACGGCGGGUUCCGGGCGCCGACGGAGGAACAGUACGCGCAGGCACAGCAGGUGAUCCAAGCGUGGGAGUCGACGCGCGCGAUGGGCGUCCACGAGGCGCUCCUCGCGGCGCAGGAGGAGCGCCUCGCCGCGGCCGCCGCCCUGUUCCGCACGUCCGUGGCAUUUGCGCAGUCCGAGGAGGAGCGCACGGGGCAGGCGCGCGACAAGGUCUCGGCGCUGGUCGUGCAGAAGGAGCACGACAUGCACGCGAUCCGCCGGGACGUGUCGGAGCUCGCGCGGCGCGCGGCGGCCGCGCGUGUCGACGUGGACAACGCGGUCGAGGACGGGGUGGACGCGGGGGAGCUGCGGAAGGUCGCGGAGCGGCUGGAGAAGCAGCUGCAGUACCAGCAGCAGCAGGAGCGCGGGGGACAGAGGUCGCUGGAGGAGACGCAGAAGGAGCUGCAGGCGCUCGAGGAGUCCGCGGAGCAGUACGCCAAGCAGCUGCGCAGCGGUCUGGAGAAGUACGCCGCGCAGCUCAAGGCCGACGCGAAGCAGGCGGCGAACAUCGCGGCCGCGGUCCGCGAGGCGCUCAGCGCCCCGCUCGAGCUCCCCGAGGAGGUGUACAAGAAGUACGGCCCGGACGGCGAGGUCCUCAGCGACCCGGUGCCCCGCUCCGAGGACGGCCCCCUGGAACGCGAGCGCGCGCGGGUGCUGGAACGCCGCGAGCGGAUCGAUGCCCGCGUCCGGCGGGUCGAGGACGGGUACCGCAGGCUCAUCGCGGACGUCGAGUCCGCGGGCCUCAAGGUCCAGACGCCCGCCGUGAGAGCCGCGAAGUACGACUUCGUCGACACCCGAGUCAGCGCUGUGUCUGACGCGCUGGCGGGGCGCGUCCAGCGGCUCGUGGACCGCGUGCAGACGCUCGAGGCCGAGCUCUGGCGCAAGGACAAGCUCAUCGCGGAGUACCGGAUGGAGGUGCGGGACCGCGAGCUGCGACUGGACCGACUGGGGGCACGCGCACCUCCCGCGCCCGUGGCCUCAUCGCGGUCGCGCGCGCGCGUCGACGCGGAGGAGAUCACGGCGGUGGUCGCGGGAUCCGAGAAGGCGCGCGCGUCGUCGGCGACCGGCACGCACGUCGCGACGCGCGGGGGGGGGUCUCCCACAACACUCCCCGCGGAGGCGUUCAGGUCGGGCGGCGCGGAGGUCCUGGACGUGGACGCCGAGCGCGCGAGCGGCCGGUCCGGCGCAGACGCGCCCGUCGCGCGCCUCCCUUCGGGCCGCGCGGUCGCCGCCCGCGCCGAGGCCGGCGUUCGCGGCUCGUUUUGGGACGGCAUGUUCGACUUGAUGUCGCGCCCGGUGGACCGCGUGGGCGACGGCGUGGCGGCGGACGGACGGCGGAUGUCGCCCGACGAGGCCUCGAUCCGGACGGCGACGCCGACGCCCGACGCGGCCGCGCGCGGGCGGUGGGGCCGCGGGCGCUACAAGCACUGGUCGGAGCAGCAGCUCGUGUUGCGCGUGGAGGAGCUGGAGGUGGAGGCGGCGGCGCUGCGGGCGGCGGCGCGGGACGCGGACGCGGACCGCGCGGAGGCCGUGCGGCGGCUGGGGCUGUCGGAUGCGGCGGCGGCGGCGGCGGAGAUGGCGGCGAAGGACAGGCGGGUGGCGGAGCUGCAGGAGCAGGUGGACAUUCUGUCGGACUACGACCGGACGCGCGCGGCGCUCGCGGCGCAGGCGGCGAAGCUCCUGGCGCGCAACAAGGAACUGGAGGCGGGCGCGGGCGAGGAGGAGCGCCGCCGCGAGAUGCGGGAGUUCAUGACUGGGCGGCAGCUGGAGCUCGAGCGGCGGUGUGCACGGGAGUCGGCGCGCGCGAUGCUCGCGGAGGAGCAGGUGCACUCCCUGCAGCACUACGCAGAGGUGGCGCAGGCGCACCUGCAGGCGGAGAUUGCGCGGCUCCGGGCCGCGCUCAGACAGCACCGCCCGGACCUCGUGCUGCCGCCGGGCGGCGAGCCCGACCUCGCUGCGUCGAUUAUGGCCACGCGGGGAGUCCCUGGGGCGGGUGCGUUGGUGGGUGGCGCGCACGACGCGGAGGCAGCGGGCGCGGCGCGGCUCGGGGACGGCGUGCUGACGACGGUGCUGGAGGAUGGCAGCGGGCCGGAGCAGAAGGCGGGCAAGCGCAGCGGGGGGCCUGCAGCGCCUGAGAGCUCUGCAGGGAAGGGCAGAGAGGUGGCGGCGCCCGAGGCCGCUGACGGCGACGGCGGUGCGCCUGGCGGGGCUGCUGGCGCGCCAGCAGGGAAGGAGAACGAAGGGGAGGCGGGGAAGAGGGCGCCGCCGCACUCGGCGGGCGCAGCAGCGGCAGUGAAGUUUGCAGUGACGCUGGAGGACGGCAGGGGCCGGCCGGCGAGCGCCGUGCCCACGUGGGACGGGAAGGAGCUCGGGGACCCCGCGCCCGAGCAGCUCUGGAGCAAGUUCCUGUGA